AUGUCGCCGACUCCCUGGUCUACGACAAUAAUCACUGCUGGUCUCUCUGCCCACUACGCUUUCUGUACCAGCUACAGACCAUGUGUCGGAAGAAGCGACGGCGCUCUGUCACUACCACGACCAGUGCAACGCUGUCGUUCCCCAGACUAUUGGAAGUAUGGGAAAUUGUGUCUGAUCGUCUGA